AUGCAGCAAGUUCUUACUCAAACACUUAUCGAUGAUAGAUUCAUUCAUCUCUCAGAGUCGACGAAGAGUGAAGGCCCAAGCACCGACAGUACCAAGAUUCAAAGUCACGAGCAGCCUAUUCAUGAUAAAGGCUCCAGCAAAGCAGCAACGGCAGCAAUGCCUGUCACCACCAAUGUCAAAGAGCAUCGGGAUACCUGGUACUAUCCUCCUGACAUUGCGAACGAUUUGCAAGCUAUCAACCUUCCAGCCGAAUUGAAGGGAGAAAUCUUUGCGUGCGCAUGGGAAUACACACGCUGUGUCAUUCCUAACUACACAAACUGGAACAGAUACGUGGCCUUCAUGCGUAUCAUCAUUAUGGGCAUCAUCGCUGAGUUUCGAGGCGAGAUGGUUGAUGUCACUGCCAGCAACAACAUCCUCGGUUAUGACUUGGACGCUACUCUUGCGGCUCUAUUUGAGGGAACCCCAGGACACAAAGAAAUGGCACAAGAGUACAAGACUUUUCUGUUAAUCACAGCGGACAAGGCGAGUGAUAGACGAGAUGGGGAGCUUUUCAGACGUUAUGUAAACGCUCUCGCGCAGUCACCAAGACACUGGUUUCGCAUGCGGGACUGUGAUGCGCUGGCCAGAUUUACGAUUGCCUCAGCUCUGGCAUGCAACGAUCUCGACGACAUCUGGUUCACCGAAGAUCAAUUUGAAAUUUUGACCGAGAUUGGAGACACUCUGUAUGAUGCAGUGGCUUUUUACAAACAUCGUGCUGAAGGUGAGACAAACAGCACAUUUGCCUACAUGCCGGAGGACUUGCGUAUCAAAGCCUACAGUGAGUGUCGCGAGAUACUUUGGGCCCUUGACGCUGCCUGGGCACGAAAUCCUAAGCUGGCCAAUGUUAUUAAUUUCGUGCGCUUCUUUGGUGGGCCUAUACAUAUGAUGAUGCGCCGUUACCGAUUCGUUGAAGAGAAUUUGACAAUUGGCAAGUCAGAGAAUGACAGAGUCGUUGAUCAAACCCGGAAGAACUUUAAGCUCUGGAAUCGAGUCGAUGCCAACAAAAGGUCUAUUCGUAACACACAGCGAUAUAAGACCCUCAUCGCUCGUAGUGAAGAACUUAUGUUUCCGGAGCUUGCUGAGUUCCUUGAAAUGGGCGGUGACGGGGUUUGUGACAAAUGCAAAUAUCGUGAGUCUUACGGUGCAGAGUUGUCACACCAGUUUGGUGGUGCUGAACUAUGCAGCGAAUGCAGACUAGCAUGGAGAAAAUACCUAGAAUGUUUUGUAGAGCGUGCGACAAAGGUUUUCCCUGAGCUGAAAACCCAUUUUGAGGUUCCAGUUUGA